UUUGUUUGAUCAUGGAUAGUAAUAACCCUACCUUUCACCUUCAUUUUGCUCACUAUUUGCUCUUUCUGUAUUUGGCCUCUUCCUAUUACCUCUCUUUUGGUGAUGGACUUCCAAUUUUGAAAUGCACUGAGAAAGAAAGGCGUGCCCUUCUCAGCUUUAAACAAGAUCUUACUGAUCCUUCUGGUACACUUUCUUCUUGGGUUGGUCAUGAUUGCUGUCGAUGGAAAGGGAUUUCAUGCAACACAGGCCACGUUACAAAGGUGGACCUCCGGAAACAAGGUGGCUUCUUUGGCAAGUCACGGUUGCUUUUCACAGCUCCCAUUGAUGAAGAAGAUUGGAAGGAGUUGGCUUACGAGCGGUCUUCGAACUCUAGUUUGGGGGGUAAGAUCAAUCCUUCUUUGCUUAGCUUGAAGUACUUAAUUUACCUGGACCUAAGCAAGAACAAUUUUCAUGGCAUUCCCAUUCCUAUGUUUUUUGGUCAGCUUAAAAGUUUGCAAUAUCUCAAUGUCUCCUUUGCAUCAUUUGCUGGAGAGGUUCCCUCUUCUCUUGGUAACUUGUCCAACUUGAACUAUCUUGACCUCAGUAGUAAUUUCCUUUUGUCAUGGACAAUUUCUUCCGGAAACUUGAAUUGGCUAUCUCAUCUGACUUCCCUAAAAUAUCUGAAUCUCAAUGGAGUAAACCUUGGCAGCACAGGAGCUAGUUGGCUACAUGCUGUUAACAUGGUGCCUUCAUUGUUAGAGUUACACUUAUCUUCAUGUGAAAUUGAAAACCUUCCACUCUCAUUGCGUUCAAUUAAUUUCACAUCACUUUUGAUCCUUGAUAUCUCAAAAAACGAUAUUCAAUCUACAUUUCCCAGCUGGUUCUUCAAUCUUACUAGCCUCAGGAAACUAGAUCUAAGAUAUAAUUCUGUCACUGGUCCCAUCCCUUCUGAGUUUACAAGCAUCAAAUAUCUAGAAUACCUUGAUUUAUCUGGUGAUGAGCUCGAGGGUCAAAUUCCAGAAUUCAUUGGAAAUUUGUGCAGACUAAAGAUCUUGAAUCUUAAUGAAAACGAAUUUUUUGGGGGGAUUGAAGAGCUUUUGAAUGGUUUCUCAAACUGUUCAGAAAAUAGAUUGGAGUCACUGGAUUUGUCUUAUAAUAGACUUGAGAGCGAAUUACCUGCCUCCUUAGUCAUGUUACACAAGUUGCAGCAUCUUAACCUGGGGUUCAACAAUUUUCAAGGCUCAAUUCCAGAAUUUAUUAGAAAUUUAUCAUCCUUGAAAACACUAAGCUUCAGCUAUAAUCUUAUGAACGGUUCUAUUCCCGAAAGUUUGGGACAACUCUCUGAGCUAGUUCACCUUGAUUUGUCUUGGAAUUCAUGGAAAGGUAUUUUAACUGAAGCUCAUUUCAUAAAUCUCACACGAUUAGAAUAUGUUGCAAUAGGCACAAAACCCGGCCAACCUAUGUCCCUCAUUUUCGACAUGGCUGAUGAGUGGCUUCCUCCUUUCACACUUCACACAGUUAACAUUAUCAACUGUCAAGUAGGUCCUGCAUUUCCCUUUUGGCUUCAAUCUAAAUCUGAACUAUCCUCAAUCACACUUCGCAGUCCUGGAAUCUCAGAUUCCAUACCAGAGGACUGGUUUUUGAAGAUAUCUUCCCAAGUUGAAUAUUUGGAUUUAUCUUAUAACCAAAUCUUUGGAAAGCUUCCAUCCCAACUGAAAUUUCCAAAUUUACAAUCUGUAGAUUUGAGUCAUAAUCAAUUAGAGGGCCCCCUUCCACUUUGGUCCACUAAUGCCACCAUUCUUGACCUUGAAAGCAAUCUAUUUUCUGGGCCAAUUCCAUCGAACUUCGACCAGCAUUUUGUCCAAUUACAAGAACUGCAUCUUUCUGAGAAUAAUUUGGGUGGUAUUAUUCCACCCAGCAUUUGCAACAUGAAAAGUUUGUCAAUCCUUUCCCUCAGGAGAAAUCAGUUAUCUGGAGAUCUUCCUCAAACAUGGAGUGUUUGCUACAACUUAACGAUUCUAGACGUUGCAAACAACAAUCUCUCUGGUAACAUUCCUAGUACAAUGGGGGUCUCAAGUCAUCUUCAAGUAUUAAAGCUGAACAACAACAAUUUUGGCGGUAAAAUUCCCUUUUCGUUACAAAAUUGUUCUGAUUUGGAAACUAUUGAUCUUGGUGGCAACAAAUUUUUUGGAAACAUACCUUUGUGGAUAGGAUCAAAAAUGAACAUGUUGAGUAUCCUAAGGUUGCGAUCCAACAAUUUAAAUGGACAUAUCCCGCAACAAUUGUGCAAUCUUCGCAACCUUCAUAUACUAGAUCUUGGUCACAACAACUUCUCAGGGACUAUUCCCAAAUGUUUGAAUAAUAUCACUGUUUUCACAUCUGUGAAUACCCUAGGCGUCUCACCAGAUUAUAAUCAACAAACAACAGUAAUUUCAAAAGGAAGUGAACUCGAAUAUAAUACGACCUUGUUCGCGGUAAAGAGCAUUGAUCUUUCAUCAAAUAAUUUAGAAGGUGAAAUCCCUGAAGAAAUAAGCAGCCUCAUUGCAUUGGGUAUCUUGAACUUGUCAAUGAAUCAAUUAAGUGGAAACAUUCCCUCGAGAAUUGGAAACUUGCGUUGGCUGGAAACACUUGAUCUCUCACACAACCAUCUUUCGGGACAGAUACCUAAAAGUUUCUCUUCUUUAACCUCAGUGUCUCACUUGAAUUUGUCUUAUAACAAGUUGGUUGGAAGAAUUCCUUUGGGCAACCAACUUCAGACACUCGAUGAUCCAUCCAUUUAUGAAGGGAAUCCCUCAUUGUGUGGGGUUCCUCUUCCCAAGUGUCCGGGAGAUGAUACUUCCACUACCAAGGAAGCAAAAGACAAUAUUGAAGAGGGAAAGGAUAAUGGAGUGUUAUGGUUCUAUGUGACCACGGUACUCGGCUUUGUUGUAGGCUUUUGGGGUGUUUGUGGCACAUUACUCCUAAAGAAGUCAUGGAGGUAUGCUUAUUUUCAAUUUUUUGAUGACAUCAAAGAUAAAGUAUCACUAACAAUUGCAUUAAAAUUGGCUCAUUUGCAAAGGAAGUUUUGAUUGGAAAAGGAAAUGCUAGUUUUGAGGUGUUUCAAGCUCUGCAUUUGGGCAUCUGCUUGCUUUUGUUGUUUGGUUCUGACACCUAAGAGAGGCCCUGCCUCCUCGCUUUGUUUGAGGAUUGGCCUGGUUUCUCCUAGAAAUUGUUAGCCUUUGUAAG